UUUAAAUUCCAAACGGCUGCGUGUGCUCCAGACACAGGAGAGGGGUUUUCAAAUAAGUAGUAAUCAGUAUUUACUGGUGAUACUACCGUUCAUACAUCCAGAAAAGGUAUUAUCGUUUCAAACUGUCCAGUAUUGUUCAGGAUGAAUUCCGUCGAUGCCAAAGAGAACUCUGCGGUCAUCCCAGCAGGAAAGCACAGCAGCUUGUCUCAGGACAUAUUUUCCCUGGACCAGCCCACAGGGAGGCCGUCCAUCCUGCGUCAGACGGAGAACCUGCCCAGUAAGACCAUGCCGAGGGACUCCAAGGUUUCUUUUCAGACCCCCAGAAGAGAUCCGGUGACUAGAAGGAUUUUUUCCCCCAGCUCCUCCGUCGUUAUGCCCAGUGUGGACGAGAACAUGAAAGUCAUCGGCUCCUUUAAUUUGGAGAAAUUGGACGCCUCACCACAUGAACCAGCUGAACCUCCAAAACAAGAUCCGUCAUCGUUCCCUGACAACAUGCCGAUUCAGAGCAGAGGCGGCUACGUGCUGGAUUUCGAUAACCUAGACGCCAUCAAUCCCUUUGAGGGCUCCAAACAGAUGCCGCUGUCUCCCAUCAGGCCUGCUGAUGAUCCGAUCGAGGCCUGGUGGAUGCCCACAGAGGAACCGGGAGCCGAAGCCUCGCUGGACGACACGCUGCCCUUCACACAGUCCGUGGAAAACUCAGUGGCGGACGUCUCCACAGAGAGCAGCGUGGUCAUCGUGAACGUGGUGACGGCAGAACAGGACGUCAUCUCGGCUACGCCUGACGAAAAGCAACCUGGUGAAGUGUCUUCAAGCACAGGUCAACAGGAAGCAUCGGGCAGUUUCACCGAGGACGGGUCUCUUCCAGCAAAGGGAUCCUACAAGCUGGAUUUUGACAACCUCGACACAAUCAACCCUUUCCAGUCUGGAGGCUCUAAAAUCCAGAACUCGCCUGUUGGAGUUGGAAGAAAGGCGGCAGAAGACGAUCCGCCUGCAGAGGAAAGCAAACCCGCUGAAGCUCCUGACGAGGAGAAAAUCCUUCCUCCACAGGGGCCGACCAAACUCGAGUUCAACUUCAGCGACGGCGCCGAAGUCAAGCAGAAGCCGCCGCCUAAAAAGCUCGGCAAGAGAUCCACCGACGGAAAACGUAAAGAAUUAAAACCGGCGUCUGAUCCUAAACUGUCCGCUGGGAAAACCGGACCCAGUGACGCUGCCGACGCUCCGAUUCCCAAAACUUCCUACUCCUUCGACUUUGAGAAGUUCGAUGAUCCAAACUUCAAUCCAUUCGGCACCAAAACGAGCGUCGCUGACUCUCCGAAGAGCAGCGGCGUUCCCAGAGGCAUUCCCAGCAGCGCUCCCAGCCCCGUGCGACAGGAGCCGGAUCCCACAGAACAAACAAACGAACCGGAGAAACGGGAAGCUGCGUCAUCGGAGAAGGCUGCAGAGAUGUUGCCUCCUGCUGAGUCUCAUGAAGCCUCGCUGGGGGAUGGCGUGGUUCUGUCGGAGAAAGACCUGGAAGGUGAAUGCAGGAGCCGGAAACCCCAAGUUCCCUUUGACCAUCAGAUGAUCCCUCUGGACUCCAAUGAAGAGUUUGUUCCUGGAAGCAUGUUCAUGGCCAGCGACUUUGAUGGGCAGAUUGAUUACCUCGAGCAGUUUGGCUCCAGCAGCAGUUUUAAGGAGUCCGCACUGAGGAAGCAGUCGUUGUACCUAAAGUUUGAUCCGCUUCUGAGAGAGAGUCCAAAGAAACCUGCAGGUCCUGCUGCUCAGCUGCUCUCUGCUGCCCCUGCUGGCCUUUCUGCACGGUUCAGUGAAGCGGAGAAGGAGUCAGCCGAACAGAACGAUGUUUUCAAACUGGUGGAGGACGCAGCGGCUGCAAGCCUCAUCCCGCCGUUGUCCAAACCUGCAGAGGAAGCCAUCAUUGAGGUUCUGAAGUACAGCCAGAAGGACAUGGAUGCCGCCAUCGCCAGGGUGCAGGCAGAGGCCAAGCAGAAAGAAGAUCAGUGGAACGCUAAGGUUAAAAAGCUGAGAGACGAUGGUCAAGAAAUGAGAAAAGUAAUGGCAGAGUUUGAGCUGCUGAUUGCAAAUAUGAAUGCGAGUCAGGAGAAGGAGCGGGAGGAGGCGCAGAAGAAGCUCAGCCAGGCUCUGAUGGAGAAGGAUCAGGUGUCCGGCGACCUGAACGCCAUGGAGCGGUCGCUGGGCGAAAUGUUCAAGAGGCUGGAGAAGUACAAGGAAGUGGUGGAGGGCUACAAAAAGAAUGAAGAGACGCUGAAAUCCUGCGCGCAGGAUUACUUGGAAAGGAUGAAAAAGGGCGACCAGCGCUACCAGACGCUGAAGGCUCACGCCGAGGAGAAGAUCAACCUCGCAAAUGAGGAAAUUGCUGAAGUUCGAUCGAAAUACAAGGCAGAGGUUUCGGCUCUUCAGGCCCAGCUGCGGCGGGAGCAGCUGAAGACUCAGUCGUUGGAGAAAAGCCUUGAUCAGAAAGUGAGUGAUCAUCAGAAGCCGGUGGAUAGUGAGCGGGGCUCCGGRACAGAAAGCAGAUUCUGGACCUGA